GUUUUAUGAGAAGGUCCAGGUGCUGCACCAAGACCCUGAGGCCUCGGUGGACAACCCCUUGCUGGCCUUCAGCCUCAUCAAGCGCCUCCACUCCGACUGGCCCAACGUCAUCUACAGUGAUGAGGCCACAGAGAACACCCAGGCACUCCAUGCUGGCUUCAGGGAGGUGGAGCAGGAGCUGCCUGGAGCUGAAGACCUGGAUGGAGCAGCCCGGGCCCUGAUGCGGCUGCAGGAUGUCUAUGCCCUCAGCGUGAAAGGCAUGGCCAGUGGCAUCUUCCAGCAAGCCAGUGCUGGUCACCCGCCCCUCUACAGCCCCAGCCGGCGCAUCUCCCUCUCUGCUGAUGACUGCUUCCAUGUGGGAAAGGUAGCCUAUGACAUAGGUGACUACUACCACUCCAUCACAUGGCUGGAGGAGGCCAUCAGCCUCUUCCGCCUCUCCUAUGGCACCUGGAACCCAGAGGACCGGAGCAGCCUGGAGGAUGCUCUGGACCAUCUUGCCUUCUCCUACUUCAUGGCUGGAAACAUCUCCCACGCCUUGAGCCUCUCCAGGGAGUUUCUCCACUAUGAUCCCAGUAACCAAAGGGUGUCGAAGAACGUGGCUAAGUAUGAGAAGCUGCUGGAGACAGGGACAGCAGUGAGUGCCAGACCUCUGCAACGCCCCAACAGCACUCACCUUCAGAGUCGUGCCGCCUACGAGGAGCUGUGCCAGCGCCCAAGGGGGCAGUCAGCCCCAGAGGAUCUCCUGCACCUCAGCUGCUCCUACGAGACCAACAGCAGCCCCUACCUCCUUCUCCAGCCUGCCAAGAAGGAGAUGGUCCAGAUCCGACCCUACGUGGCUUUGUACCAUGAUUUCAUCAGUGAUGCAGAGGCUGAGACCAUCAAGGGAUUGGCAGGGCCCUGGCUGCAGAGGUCCGUGGUUGCCUCUGGAGAGAAGCAGCAGAAAGCUGAGUACCGGAUAAGCAAGAGUGCCUGGCUGAAGGACACUGCUGACCCCGUGGUGAGGGCACUGGAGCAGCGCAUCACUGCCGUCACCGGCCUGGACCUGCGGCCACCCUAUGCUGAGUACCUGCAGGUGGUCAACUACGGCUUGGGAGGCCACUAUGAGCCACACUUCGACCAUGCCACGUCCAGGAAGAGCCCACUGUACAGAAUGAAGUCAGGCAACAGGAUCGCUACGGUCAUGAUCUAUCUAAGUGCAGUGGAGGCAGGAGGCUCCACCGCCUUCAUCUACGCUAACUUCAGUGUGCCUGUGGUCAAGAACGCAGCUCUGUUCUGGUGGAACCUGCGGAGGAAUGGGGACGGGGAUGGGGACACUCUGCACGCCGGCUGCCCUGUCCUGGCUGGGGACAAGUGGGUGGCCAAUAAGUGGAUCCAUGAGCACGGGCAGGAGUUCCGGCGGCCGUGCAGUGCUGACCCACGAGACUGA